AUGACCAGCAGUAUCCGCAUCCCUCAAACUAGCUCAAAGUCUCAGGCUCCCACCCCGGCGCAAAAAGUCGCGCGUUGCAUACACCUCGUCUCAUGUCUGCACACGCUCGUUCUACAUAGCCUCGCUGAGAUGGCUGAGAAACCUGCGAUCGAGGCGUCGAAUGAGCCGCGACAGAUGAUACAUGAGCGGUGGUUCUGUGCGGAAGAUGAGGUUGACAAGGCUGCUUGGGCAAGUGAAAGUGCUGGGAGGCUGAGAUAUUGUUUCCCUAAGCCAUCACCGUAUUCCCCAGGUUCGCAGUCCACUCAAGCCCUCCGCCGCCAGCGCCGCAAGGCUACACACAUGCCAAGACCCCGACGUGCCAUCUCCAUUGGACACGCUCAUGUAUUCUCAGCAGCUGAACAGCAAUUGACAACGUGUUGUAAUGCCGACCUGUCGAAUGCGCGGCGUUAUGCGAGGGGCAGCAUUCCAGCCUUCUGGUGCGGUAUCACAUCCCCACUGCGUCACCACAUCGUCGAAAACAAGUCACUGCUGGAUUCAUUUUACCCGUUUGCGCAAACCAUACCCCAUUUCUCAAACCAGAAGGAGAAAAUGCCCACUACACAACCCCAUACCAAUCCCCAAAUAACGCCCGAGCGCUUGCGCACCGGCAUCAUCGUCAGCGUCGUCGUGUGCGCCAUUGCGAUUCUCGCAUUCGGCUAUGUUAUGCUGAGAAGACGCAUCAAUAGAGGUGUGAAGGAGGGGAAGAUUCGGCGGAGGUGUGAUGAUGAGGAUCCAAGGGUGGAGAUGGUGGAUAAGGAGGUGGAGAUGGGGGUUGUGCGGGAGCCGUUGCCGGUUUAUGUGAAGGAUGUUAGGGGGGGCGAGAAGAGCGUUGGAGUGGGUGGGGAAGGGUGGAGGGGUUGA